UUCCGUUGGAGGAAGUGGCUGCGGAGUGUAGGAAGGUGCUUGAAGUUAUAAAUGCAGUAUUCGAGCUUGUGAUGAAAUGCAUUAACCUUGUAUGGUUAUAACAUUAAUUUAAUAUUUUUUUAAAAUGAUGCAUUAUGAAGAAUAACAGACAAAUUCUGUUGUCGGCACUUGUCAGAGCUAAAUUAAGCCGUUUGUGUAAUAAGAUGGCGGAUUCUGUAAGUGAUAUGGAAAACGUCGGAGAAAAGCUUGAAAAUGCCUUUAUCAAACAGGAAAGGAGGACAGAGAACUCCCAGUCAGAUAAUAAAGUAAGCGGUGAUAAUGAAGAUGCAGACUCCGUGGAAGAACAACCCUUGGAUAUUGGAGAGCACUACCUAGUUCGAAGAAGUGAUGGUUCCUGGCAUCCAGCAGAAGUCAUCCAGACUCGUUACAAUGAUGCUGAAAUCCAUUAUGAAUAUUAUGUGCAUUAUGAAGGUUACAAUAGACGACUGGAUGAAUGGGUUCAAAGGGACAGAGUGAUGAUCUCGCACUUUGACAUGUCAGAUCAUCAGUGGAAAAACAGUGAAAGAAUAUCAGCGGGCGAUUUAUUAUCUGAUCAGUCAGACAGGAAGAUCACACGCAAUCAGAAAAGAAGACACGAUGAGAUUAAUCAUAUUCAAAAGACAUACGCAGAAAUGGAUCCAACAACAGCUGCCCUCGAGAAAGAACAUGAAGCUAUUACAAAAGUGAAAUACAUUGACAGGAUCCAGAUUGGCAGAUACGAGAUUGAUACGUGGUAUUUCAGCCCAUACCCUGAGGAAUAUGGCAAACAGUCAAAGUUGUGGAUUUGUGAGUACUGCCUGAAGUAUAUGAGGCUGGAGAAGACAUAUCGGUAUCACUUGAGUGAAUGUACGUGGCGAAUGCCCCCAGGGAAGGAAAUAUACCGAAAGGGUACGCUGUCCAUCUGGGAAGUUGACGGCAAGGAUCACAAGAUAUACAGUCAGAACCUGUGCUUGCUAGCUAAAUUGUUUCUCGAUCAUAAGACGCUUUAUUUUGACGUUGAACCAUUUUUGUUCUACAUUCUGUGUGAAGUGGAUAAACAUGGAGCCCAUCUUGUUGGCUAUUUCUCGAAGGAAAAGGAAUCUCCAGAUGGAAAUAAUGUGGCAUGCAUCUUGACACUGCCUCCUUAUCAGCGCCAGGGAUAUGGGAAGCUUCUAAUUGCCUUCAGUUAUGAACUCUCUAAGAUGGAAGCUGCAGUUGGCAGUCCUGAAAAACCCCUCUCUGACCUUGGUAAACUGAGUUACCGUUCAUACUGGUCAUGGGUUCUUCUGGAAAUACUUCGUGACUUCAGAGGAACUCUUUCUAUUAAGGAUCUUAGUGAGAUGACGAGUAUAACCCAGACAGACAUAAUUUCAACACUUCAGUCGAUGAACAUGGUGAAAUAUUGGAAGGGUCAACAUGUGAUAUGUGUAACUCCUAAAUUAGUGGAAGAACAUAUAAAAUCUUCGCAGUUCAAGAGGCCAAGACUCGUAGUGGAUACAAGUGCGUUACGAUGGGCUCCACCAAGGAAAGCUCAGCCAACAAGACCUGGGAAAAAGUGAAUGUGAUGUGCACAGUUCCUAUUGUGUUUAAACUGUUUGUAAAUUGAUAUAAAGGUGAGUGGAUGUUGGUGCAAGUGAGUUGAGCAAAUGGAAGUGAGAGUUACACUAAAGUUGGGGUAGUUUGUGGUGAAAUAUCCCCAUUUAUAGUUACCUUUCUUGUUACAGUUGAGUCCAUUAUUCUGAAAGGGUAGCAUUUGAAGCAUCUGCAAUAAAAUUUUGAUCAAAAUGCAGAUAGAAUAUUUCUUACACGAGGUGCCCUGCCACACAAUGGCCAGGCUUUGGGAGAAUAUUCUGCAGGUUUGGAACAAAAGAAUGCCGUAAACAAUAGUUUAUUUCAUCAUUGUUAUCAAGCUAAGCCCUAGUGUAGUGUAGCGCAAAAUGAAUAACUUUCAUUUGAAUUGUUUUCUUACCACCAAAGGGUUUACAUCGAAAUUAUUUUCACCUUCUGUGUGAAUUUGGACACACAUGGGACGUGCUGGGAGCAGUGAGUAGUAUAAUGCUGCCUUCUGUAGCAGCGUUACUUGUAACAGAGGAACAAAUUUUAACUUGACCGCACAACAUUCUCAAUCAAUAGCUCCUAACUCAGCUUUUGUUUUGUUCAACUUGAUAAUCAGUUCAUUAAGUUCUGAAUUUGAAAUGUAAUCUGUAAGACAGAUUGGGAAUGAUGCUGUUAACCUUCCACUUUAUUGUGUAAUCAUACAUGUUUAACCCGUGGCAGUUGCCUCAUUGAGCUGUUACUGAAUUUAGCUAGCAUCUCAGCAGCUUUAAGAUUCUUUUCCAUUUUGGCGGCUGCUGACUGGCAUGGUCGCUUACUGUCUUGCCUUGUGAAUGGUCCUCCCAUGAUGGCUUCUUUCUUCUUGUGAAUGCCGACUGCCUGAUACAGAAACUGGCUUUGAUGUCUUUACUUAUGGCAUAAGCGCUGUAAUAUUAACUGUCCGUUCUGGUAUGAUGACUCACAAAUAUUCAGUGUGGUGAAAAUGCCUGAAAUCGGUGACAGGCUGCCCUGUAGUGGUCAAACGAUCCAACUCCUGCUUACAAUGUCUGGAUGAUAAGGAACUGCUGUAGUAGCUAGCAUGUUCCCUUCACAGGUCCUUGGUACUUGGGACCCCUCUGGCAGUGGAUAUCCUCCUCCCCCCAGCCAGGACAGGUUCGCAACUUGUAUUGUUUAUCAACAUAAAGCUUUACAGCAUGUUAUGUUUUGGAAAGUGCUACUGAUAUUCUGUCCGUAUAUGACUGCAUGUUUAAAUAUGGGGAGUGUUUGACAUUUUGAUGCAGUAAGAAACAGCUGCACGAGCUGAGUACAGUAAUCAGACAGAAUGAAUACAUGAUAGUGAUGUCAGCAAAAUGCAGUAGACCAGAGCUUGCCUGUAUGAUGGUGAUGAAUCAUACAGUUGUUUACGGUAUUGGUUUAUGGUAUUCUGGAUUGUUGAAAAUAAUUGUUGUCUGGGCUGUGAUGCAAUAGAGAUUGUUGUUUUGCAUUGUUUUGGGAUCUCUGUUUGAUAUAUUCCUUCUGGAAUAUAAUAUAAUUUAGAAGUAUUUGUAUUUUUCUAUUGAUCUCUCCAUCAGUGGACAGUGGAUUGAUGUUCUGAUGAUGUACAAACAAUAUCACGUAUGUAUCGGUUGUAGGAUAUUCUUGUAAUAGAAUCUAGUUACUUUGUUGGUUUGUAGUUGCUAACACCUCAGAGUUUUACACAUUCUGUAUGCAGUGCACGAAAGAACACCACCUUAUAAGGAGGUUGAAUCUGUACAUACACACGUUUCUCUCACCCAGCAGAGUUAUACAAAACUUUGUGCAAUAAAUCCAGAUUUGGGAUCGUAAUGUAUGCAUUUCCAAAUUGGAAUUUUCAGAAUGAAACCAUUGUCUGUUGAUCAGAAUUGGCACAGUUGCAAAAAGAAGAAUUAAUGAAAUUCCCAGAAGAUACACAUUUGCGAUACUCCAUAUGUAAUGAUAAUAUGGAUUUGUAAUAUUACAGUUUAAUAAAAGAUUAUUGAUAAUUUUCAUUUCAUGCAUCCUAUUGUGUUACAAUAUACAACCUCUUUAUUAACCGUCACAACACACAUAUGAAGAGCCGUAGCUAGGCACUGAUCUUGCUGUUUGUUGUGUUGACGGUUAAUAGAGAGGUUGAUUAUUGAUAACAUAAGAUAUGGAUUAAUAAGAUUUGUUUGGUACCUUGUUCAGAAUUACAUUUUCCACUUGAAUCAACCAUUAUUACAUUGAAAACCUCGGGUCUCAGUUUAUCUAAAUGCCCUGCUGUCACAUUUGAUAGAGUAAAAUGUGCCAUUGUGUGUAUGUGUAUUUGGAUCAGCCUUAGCUGGUUCUGACAGUGAUAUGGUAUUGGGCUUUGUCAGUCAUGUGGUAUUCUGAAGGCAGCUCAUUUUGAUCAUGUUGUGUUCAAAAUAUUACAUUCUGGACAAAAUUCAGAAAUUCAUGAAUACUAAAUAUGUAUACAGUGGACUGCUUAUUUAGCGUUCCUCAGUUAAGGUUUUCCGUCAUUUAAAGUUGAAUUUGAAGAUUCCAAGACAAUUAUUUGUGUCACAUUUCUUCCAUGUAAGAUUUUCCUUGGUUUGAUGUUGAAAUUCAUCACUCCACAAAGAAUCCUGAAAUCCGGGUUCUACUUUGUGGUUUUGAAGGUUUCAUUGGUCUCUUUUGUCAGGAAAUUGUAGAUUUAAGUGCUGUAAAAAUGGUUAAUUUGGGUUGACUGUAUUUCACACUUUAAAUUUUAGUAAGUUUAAAAAGGAUAUAAGUGAUGCUGUGUAUAUAAUUCAGUGCAACUCAGAGUUGUAUAGUCCGCAGAUUGUGUCAGUUGACUGUUUCACUGUUAAAGGAGUUCUGGACAGGCAUUGUUCUCUGAUGAUGAGGCUCUUAUAUUGAAACCCUGUUUGUAAAAAUAUGAAGAAAAUAUAAUGAAUUUAUGUUGAUUAAGA